UAUAUUGCAUCAGAUAUGAAUGGAAUUUGUAGUUUUUUAGGGAGCUCGACAAGUGGUGUUAAAAAGCAGUUUGUUUUCGGUUUCAGAUCCAAUCUAGGACGACACAACAGACUAAAAAUCAAUUACAAGUUUUCUGUAUUGUCUCACAAAUUACCUAUUUGUCUGUAUUUAGUUUCAGAAAAUUAAGGGUUAAUCAUCGCCAAGAAGCUACUUUUGUUCUUGAACCUAGCAUCAUCUCGGUGGGUGAACUUGAUCAUCAUGUUCCGGUCACCACGGAGUAGAAACCAAAGAUCAAAAGGUUUCAAGGUGAAGCAUGCAUUACAAUUAUGCUUUUUGCUUGGUGUCUGCAUCUGGCUGCUUUACCAGGUUCGGCACUCUCAGGACAAGAAAUCUGAAUAUGAGGAUGGUGCAAAAGCUGGGAAUGAGAUCAUAAAGUUUGGGAGAAAGAACCUUCCUCGAAGGGAAGACCCAUUGAUUAAAGAUGCAAGGCCCAAAGAGUAUGAAGAAGAAGAGAUCAAGAGUGAAGAACAGAGCAAAUCUGAAGAGAAUAAUAAUGUAGGGAAAGGUGGUGCAGAUGAUGAGAUAAUUGAUCAGGAUCAUGUUAAGAAUGAGGAAGCUGAGAAUAGAGGAGAUACAAUUGGUGGACAGAAGGAUAGGGAUGACACCAAUGAGAGUGAAGAAAGCAAAGAGAAUAACAUUGAUGAAUCCAAGGAGCAGGAUAGCGAAGACAAGGUGAGUAAAGAGAACAAAGAGAAUAACAUUGAAGAGAGCAAGCCGAACAAGGAGAAGGGGACUGAAGGGAGCAAAGAGAAUAACAUUGAAGAGAACAUUGAGAAGGAGAGGGAGGAGAGCAGUGAGAAUAACAUUAGAGGUAACAAGGAGAAAGAGAGUGAAGAGAACAAAGAGGUUAACAUUGGAGUAAACAAGGAGAGUGAAGAAGGCAAAGAGAAUAAGAUUGAAGAGAACAAGGAGAGUGAAGAGACAAAAGAGAAUAACAUUGAAGAAAGCAAGAAGGGUAGUGAAGAGAAGCAUAUUGAAGAGAACAAAGAGAAGUAUAGCGAAGAUAAGGCAAAUGAUGAGAAGAAAAAUGUGGAGAUUCAAGAAAAAGUGACGGAGGAGACUGGAAAUGAGAAUGAAAGUAUAUCAAAACAGCAAUUCCAUGAUGAAAAUGGUAAUAACAUUGAGGAAGCAAGGGAGAAACAUUACAAGGGUGAUGAUGCUUCCAGUGAAGUAGUCCAUGUAACUCAGAAUAUGAAACUUGAAAAUGUUAAAGGAGAUCAACAAAAUACCAAUGAGGUGGAGCAGCAAGGAAAAGAAAAUAAUGAAUUUCAGCAGAAGAAACAGAAUAGCGUUGAAGGUGACCACCGAGAUGAAUCAGCCUCAAAUGUACAAGAAACUGGAACUAUUGAGAAGAAUGAUUCUACAAAUAAGUUAUCCGGUGACAAGGGUGUUCAUGAAGGCAAUCAGUCAGAAACAAAUAAUGGAUCUAAUUCUACAACAGAGACACAAUCAAAUGAACAUCAUUUGAGCUCCAACUCCAUGGAAGUUACUGGGGAAACUCAUGAUUCAAGGGCACAAAAUGGGACAGAUGCAACAUCUGAUACAACUCAGAAUCAAAAUGAAACACUGAAUAACAGUUAUAGGGGAGAUGACUCUACUCAAGAAAAUGUUGUUCUACAGCAAUCUGGGAAAUCAUACUCAGAUACCAAUGGUGAGCUGAUGGAUGUGAAAGCAACACAUGCUACAACCGAGAAUGAACAUUCAACUAAUGGAGAGUCACAAGAUAAUAAUGCUGAAACUGGCCAAGCUAAUGACUCCAACUCAUUGGCUGGAAUAGAGAACAAUGCUCACAAGGAGACCAAAGAAAAUGUUAUACAGUCAAACACAAAUAACAAUGGAGAUGCAGGCCAGAACAAACAAGUUGAUUCUUCAAACUAUAAAGAGAGAAACACAUCAGCAGAUGAUAACAUAGAUGCCGAUCAAAAGGAACAAAAUGGUUCUUCAAACUCUGAAGUGAAAGAAAAAUUAUCAAACACAGAUGCCGGUAAGAACGAGAAUGAAAAUGCUACCCAGAACAACACAAAUGAUAAUCCAGAAGCUGAACAAAAAGAUUUAUCAACAGACACAGAUGGCAACGCUAAUACCAUCCAGAAUGAUUCUUCAAUUACUCAAGAAGAGAAAGAGAAUCGCAUAGAUCUGGGAACUUUGCCUGAAAUUGGAACUGCAGUGAACAACGGUGAAAAUGCAGCUGCAGAGUGAUAUUUUUGAUAAGUUGGUUUCUGCUGUAUCUUACACGAUUGUUCAUUCCGUAUAUUUCUUUGUUCUUCCUGAGAUGAUUGGGCUAGUUUGUAAUCUUUUUUUUUAUGCAUCCUGUGCCUUAUUGCAAUAAUAGUGUCUAGAAAAUAUUACACCUAGAA